AUGAAAGGAUCAAAGAAAGCACCUUUCAAAACGCUGAUUGUUCGGUUUGGCUGCGACAACUGCGGACGUCGUUGGCGUAGUGCAAGCGGCAACAUGAACGAUUUUCAGAUAUGUAAAAACUGUUACCAAAAGGUUUACCCUUGUGGUUAUCAAUAUGAAGCACCAAAUAAACGUGGCAAUCAAAAUCGUGAAACAUUCGAAUCUCACAACUCUGAGCUCUGCGGGAAGUGCAUACGACUUGGCUUUAAUUGUAUGGAAUUAACAAUUUCCCAAAGACUUGAUCAAGAUGCAAUUGAAGAGUUAGUGCCGACUAUCGUACGCAACGAAGACGAGGAGGACAUAGCCCUGACCAAUAACGUUGAUAUACUCGCCUUUAUAAAACCUCAGAAAACUAAAAACAAGAAUAAAAAGAAAAUGUCCACGCAGCAAACGAAACAUGAACACAAUACUUUGGAUUGUCAGCAAUCAGAAGAGAUUAUAUCUAGAAUGAAACUUCCUCUUUCAAGAGCUUUUGAUGCACAUGAGGAUGGGAUUGUCUUGGUUGAGGAACAGCAUAUAUCAAUUCUGAAGAAGGAGAAAAGUAGUAACAAUUCCACAGACUCAAUUACUGCUGCUCCAUUGAAUACGGUUAUUAAUGUUACGACAAAUACUGAUAACUCGAUAAACACGGUUUUUAAUGCUUGGGCAGACUGGCCUACUGAUAAAAAUAGCGUUAACCAUGAUAGCGACAGCAAUGACAGUAAUGAGGUUGCUGUCGAGCAAGGUUGUAAUAGUUAA